AUGGCCAGCAACAUCCAAAUUUCUGAUGAUGGAGAUUCCAACCCAAAAAAGUUCAACGCUCAGAAUGAGGGCUUGAGGGAAUGGUUUGAAGAAUACAUGUCAACAGACGCUUAUGAUCUUUAUUCAGAUCAUCAUCUACUUCAAGCUGUAGCAUCUGAUGAGCUAGACGAGAAUUUGUUUGAACAGCGCAUAUUGGAUUCGGCAGCGACUCCAAUUCUCGGAAGAUUUUGCAUCAAAUGUCAAGAACUUUUUGAUAGUUGGCCGACGUUGGGCAAUUCUUCAACUAGAGAGCACGUUUCAGAGCCUGGUUCAGAGCAUGGCUGGGAGCACACUGCUGUGAGGCCAUGUAACUCAUUCGAAUUAGAAGCAUCAACACGGGCUGGAUGCAAAUUUUGCGCGUUUUUGAUCCAACGCCUCAAAGAUACGAGGCUACUCGAUCUCUUUCGUAGAAUUGAGAAUCGCUUGUUGCUCUUAAGCGAGAGGUCAAUUUCAUAUAUAUCCAUUCAAAACGCUGAUAUAAACCCAAUACAACUGCUCUGGCUCAAUCUACCGGGGAAGGUCUGCAAUGAUUGUAACCACGGGAUAGCGAUGGAGCUGGUAUUCGUGUCCUCUUUUCUCCCAGUAUCAGCCGAUUGCUAUGACAGAUUGCCAGAUGUAUUCAGCACAGCGAACAAUUGGCUAUCGCAUUGUAUCCAAAAGCAUGAAGUCUGCAAAAGCAAUAACGAUGGGGUUCUGCCAAAGCGGCUUAUAUUUGUCGCCGGAGAAUCGCCACGACUUGUUCUCACGGCUAAUUAUCAAGAGAGAUUGCGAUAUGCAACGCUAUCUCAUAGCUGGGGAUCUCAUGAGUUUAUCAAGCUUACAACUAAAAAUAUCGGCCAACUAAUGAAGGAGAUACCACUGAACAUUCUUCCAAAGACUUUCGAAGAUGCAACAAACAUUACACAAAAACUCGGCAUUGAUUUCUUGUGGAUUGACUCUUUGUGCAUUAUACAGAAUGACGACGAUGAUUGGCAGAAAGAAGCUGCGCUAAUGAGCUCAGUAUAUGGUGGUUCUGUCAUCAAUAUAGCUGCCUCAUCAGCUCGCGACAGCACCGAAGGUUGUUUUCUUAAACAACCAAACUUUAGUGGCGGCGUUCGAGCACGAAUCACUGAUGAUGGAAAUCAAAGAGUACAGAACUUUCUAACAAUGUACGAAUACGAAAGUUCGACCUUAGGAGCCCAUCUUGGAACAAGAGCAUGGGCUCUGCAAGAGAAAGUUUUGCCACCACGAACCAUUCACUUUGGUGAUCGUGGUGCAUUUUGGGAAUGCAGGUCUUUAAUUGCGUCAGAGUUCUUCCCGGAUGGAUUUACAGAAAGUUAUGUUCGACCAAUUGUCUGUCGCAGAAGGGAGUCCGGAUGGAACUGGAAUUGGUGUCAGAUCGUUGAACUUUAUUCGGCAGCUAAUUUAACAUAUGGGAAAGAUAAAUUAUCAGCACUUUCUGGCAUUGCAAAAUUAAAAUUCGACGAGAAUAGCGAUCAGUAUUUGGCCGGGAUGUGGAGGAAAAAUAUCGAAGAACAGCUUUGUUGGGUUCUAAUGGGGUCUAAGGCCUCGCAGCGACCACUCUGGCGAGCCCCUUCUUGGUCUUGGACUUCCAUUGAUGGGCCGGUAGAAUGGCCUCAAUUACACGGUGAUAGGCUCGAUACUAGAUAUGCGCAUGUUGUGGAUGCCGGUACGACUCCUUACGGCCACAAUCCUUUCGGACAGGUUAUUGAUGGAUUCAUCCGACUUGCUUGCUCUACUAUGGCAGUUGGCCAUAUUGUUUUUACGGAGACUUUAAAUGGAUCAGGAUGUAGAGGUGACGCUGCAAUUUCGUUGAAUAUUCGCUGUCAAAAGAAGGAGUUCCCAGUCCGUUUAGACUGUCUAGAUGACAUUGACAAAGAUUAUGCUCGACUUGUAUAUUUGGUACCACUGAUUGGACGCGAAGGCACCGUUGGUCUCAUUAACAGUGAACAUGAAUUGAUACCAGAAUUGGUCGUUCUGGGUAUCGUUCUCCAAAAUACGGAUUCCGCAACGAGGAAGUACACAAGGAUUGGGAAUUUUAGUUUUUCCAAUCUUUAUUAUGAUUCUAGGGAGAAGGAAAAUGUUUCUGGGCUUUAUGAGCCAUUCUUUCAAGUUCUAGAAGAACAAGGUCUGGCGACAGCUGAGGCAGCUUGUUCUGAGAUUCUAUCAGAUGCUGAACCUCCUGAUCAUCGGUAUCUCAUCACUGUUGUAUAA